UCACAACGCGAACACACGCGAACAAAGAGGGAGAGAGGAAGUGAAUGCAAUGACACUGGAGGUGGACCUCGUGCUUUGUGCACUGCUGGCGGUGAUCUCUUCGCGGGGAGAAGCCUCAGUCGGUCAUCCAGCCUCCGUCGCCCCAACACUCUCCUCCACGCCCGACCAGCCCUCCUCCGCCUCCGCCUCCUCCACUCUACCAUCCAGUCCUCCAAACCAGACCUCCAUUGUCCAGCCCAGGACGCGGGCGGGGCCCCGGGGGGCCACACCGCCCCCCUCCUUCACCCCUCCCCAAUCUGCCUCCCCCGCACGCCGCCCUGCCGGCCCGCUCCACCCAGACCCUCCGGUGGAGCUCAACGUGGGCGACGAUGCCUUCCAGGGUCCGGGACCCAGCUCCCUCCUGGACCCUCUGCUGGCGGGGCUGGUGUCGGUGUGCGUGGCGACCGCCGCCGUCACCUCCGUGGUGCUCUGCCUCCGCUUCCGGCAGCAGGCCGGGCGCCCAGAGUUCCAGCGGCUGCAGGACGUGCCCAUGGAUGACCUGAUGGAGGACGCACCCCUCUCCAGUUACACAUAUUGACCCAAGCAUCCUAUUGGUCACUUCUCCCGACGACGGUAUGACGAAGCAUCCGAUGUGUCGCCUCUCCUUAAAGGACGGAAGUACCAGACAGUAAAGCCUGGCAAAGCCCUUGAGUAGACGGGAUGCCCAACGCGUGGAAUAGUUUCCGUCCCAGUCAACCACUUCGACAUUCCUUUGAGGAGAUUUCAUCUCCGCCCCCUGGCGGAGAUGCAGAGUGUUGCAUCAUUCCUUUGGAUGGAUACAUUUCUGCUGCAUAUCUAAGUCGGUAGAUAUAAUAUACGGUUGAUGAAGAAGAUAAAAUUAGUCCCACUAACAGAAUAUAAUUGGAUUAGUGUUCAGCAAAUAUGAGUCGCCUGCCGCUUCAAGAGUAUUAACAUGUUACAGCCAAUUGACCAAAGAUUACUGCUCCUUUGAACAAACUGCUUUUUUGAAACAGGCCUGGUUACACAGAGACCUGGGACUGUCCAGUUUAGUAACUACUAGUUUGUUUCAAAGGAACAGUUUACUAGAUCACCAAUUUGUAAUUAAUGUCCUUAAUUGAUUACAAAGCUCACUCCUUUUUUUUCAUCUCAUAUGGUUCAAAUUCAAACGGGUUCACCUUUACUUUAAUUGAUGGUUAAUUUAAUUAAAACACGUUUUCUCUAGACCUGCGUAUUGGUGGUGCAACUGAAUGAGGUAAACUGGUCAUUUGAAACUUACUAGUGGUUACCAAGGGACUUAAAUUAUUCUUAGGCAUAGCAGGUGUAAGCCAGUCCAGAUACAUAACUGGAUCCAUUGCGUUUAAUAUUGAUGUUGGACGAUGUUUAAGAAGCCUUGCAAUUGGCCAAUUGACCAGGGGAAUGUAAAUAUGCUUUUCAAUUCAUGGAAACAGGAUAGGCCCUAUUAAUAUUUAUGUUAUAUUCCACUAUUCAAUGUAUCCUGAAUGUGUUUGAUUUCUUAUUGUUUAUGACUUAUAGUUUAUGUGGGCAGAUAAAAGUAGUCGUGAAAUACAAACACAAAACUGGUUUAUUCUUAAUACCGCUGACUCAUAUGUAGGUUAAUUUUUAUUCAUACCAUAAAAGUGUACUUUUUGCAGUAUACUGAUAAAGACCAAGAUGUUCUAUGUUUAAAAUAAUUAGAAGCAUCUAGGGAUGUUUUCAAGUGUAAUGUAAGAUGAAAAGAUUUUCAGCCUAUAAUAAUUGUAACUAUUUCAAUAAUAAUUGUUUUACAUAUAUAUAUUUUUGUUGUUUUAUGUAUUGGAAUAUUUUGAAUAAAGGUUAGAUUUAAAGCCUAAAAUAGUCAAGUGCUAAAAAGGAAGUACCCCUUGCAGCGGAUAGUAAACGUUUAAACAUUAACAGAAGGUUUUUUUGAUGAUAAAUGAAUGACUUCGUACUUUGA